CCACCUCGAAGAAAGUGCACGGCAUACCGCCCAAGCAUGAUUAGCCUGCGAGUAAUCACUAGAAGCGGCGCAUGCGCAGUGCUACCAUUCCAGAACCCUCGUAAAUGCGGCACAGUAAACAGCCUUCCAUCAACCUGCAGAGCCCUACCGCCCCUCUAGCCGCCAAGGCAACCACCCAUCCACCACACUCCAACAAUCCUCACCCACCGGUCAGCCUUAUUUCCUCGUCUCUAACCGCCGCUCCCUAUUUUCAGGCCCUCCAUAUCCCAUUCCCCGGAACACGCCAUUGGAAAAGCUCCCCAACACCUAGAAUCCAACUCCAACCCCAACCAACACCAUGCCCCUCCACAACACCACGCGCGCCUACAUAUGCACCCCAUACAAUUCCCCAUGCAACCCAACACAUACCCGUAUUCCGCUCUCCCGUCCUAACUUCGCUCAUUCCGCUUCCGGAUAUAGCGAAAUCCUACUGGAGCAGCACGCGCAUACGCGCGGUACGGUGCGACCGGACGGACGCCACCAACACUCUCGCUUGAUCCCACACGCGGUAGCGAGAAUUCCAUCCCCAUUGCGCGGGUAGAGCUAUCCGCUGCGAUUGGUAACUUUUGGGGUAGCUUGUUCUCCCGGUAAAUUGCGGUUGCUAUAAUUAUGGCACGUUGCGUAUGUGGAAGAAAACCUAGGGCUGCAUUGCUGUUCUGAGCAUGUGGCAUGAGAAGAAAGGUACCGUACAUGCAACGCAACGGCUCGGGCUCGGAUUCUUCCAGGAUCCGGGAGGACGGAGGAUGAAGUUGUGAUGUGGUACAGUCUUCACCGCCAGUGAGGUCCAU